AUGACUUCUGAUGUGGGAUCCAGGAUAGGUGAAGAAUCCAUCUACGCGGAGGAGCAGAGGGCAGAGCAGGUGGAGAUUCAGGAGAAGCUGCUGUGCAGCUGGCUGGCUCAGACUCAUGGCAGUGUGUUUACUGUGUGGUUGGGCUCUACCCCCAUCGUGGUGCUGAGCGGCUUCCAGGCAGUGAAGGAGGCACUGGUCUCCAACUCAGAACAGUUCUCUGGGAGACCCCUCACCCCGUUCUUCCGGGACCUGUUUGGAGAAAAAGGUGUUAUCUGCAGCAAUGGACACACGUGGCGUCAGCAGAGACGCUUCUGCCUGACGACUCUUCGAGAGCUGGGCCUUGGCAAGCAGAUGCUAGAGAGACAGCUGCAGCGUGAGGCAGCAGAGCUGGCUAAGGUGUUCCAUCAGGAGCAGGGGAGACCCUUCGACCCUCAGGUCCCUAUUGUCCAAUCCACAACAAGAGUUAUUGGGGCCCUGGUGUGUGGCCAUCACUUCCUCUCUGAGGAGCCCAUCUUCCUGGAAGUAAUUCAAGCCAUCAACCUUGGCCUAGCCUUUGUCAGCACUGCUUGGCGCCGGCUGUACGACUUGUUUCCAUGGGCCCUUCGCUACAUCUCUGGACCCCAUCAGAAGAUAUUUAAGUACCACGAGGCUGUGCGAAGCUUUAUCCGCCAUGAAAUCAUCAGGCACAAACUCAGAACACCUGAGACCUCUAAGGAUUUCAUCAACUGCUACCUGUCACAAAUCACGAAGACCAUGGAUGACCCUGUCUCCACAUUCAACGAGGAGAACAUGAUCCAAGUGGUGAUUGACCUGUUUCUGGGAGGCACUGACACCACGGCCACCACACUGCACUGGGCACUACUAUACAUGGUCCAUCACAGAGCCAUUCAAGAGAGAGUGCAGCAGGAGCUGGACGAGGUGCUGGGCACCGCGCAGACCAUCUGCUACGAGGAUCGAGAACGCCUGCCCUACACCCGAGCCGUCCUCCAUGAGGUGCAGCGCCUGAGCAGUGUGGUGGCUGUGGGCGCUGUGCGGCAGUGUGUGACUUCCACCUGGAUGCGGGGGUUCUACAUGCCCAAGGGUACCAUCAUCUUACCCAAUCUGGCCUCUGUGCUGUAUGACCCCGAGUGCUGGGAGACCCCUCAUCAGUUCAACCCUGGCCACUUCCUAGACAAGGAUGGAAACUUUGUGGCCAACGAGGCCUUCCUGCCCUUCUCCGCAGGGCAUCGGAUGUGCCCUGGGGAACAGCUUGCUCGAAUGGAGCUCUUCCUGAUGUUUGCCACCCUCCUGAGGACCUUUCGGUUUCAACUUCCAGAAGGGAGCCAGGACCUCAGACUGGAAUAUGUCUUUGGGGGGACACUGCAGCCUCAACCCCAGAAGAUUUGUGCAGUGCCUCGGCUGGCCAGCCUCAGACCUGAGGAGGAGUAAGCAGACCUGCCGUGGCAGCGCCCCAACACAUAAAGCUUCUGUCUGU